AAUUCCUAUCAUUAAAAGCUCUGUACUCCGACUGUCCGUGAAUGCAGCAAAACCCGGGGAAAAAUCAAACAUCGCGUCACGCGCCACCCAGCUCACGAUGAUUGAUUCACCUCAACGUGAGGAUCUGAGAAGCAGCAGCGACUCAGAUGAGGAGCUGCCUGUGUUUGAUUUCCUCCAGCCUCGUCCAAGCACCGAUGUAGCCUCCCAGAAAGCCCCAAAGAGACCAGAAGGGAACAACUUCAAUGGUAAAACUGCUGCCUUCUCCAGUUCGGUUCUCGGUAACGGUGGAUCGGCUGGUGUCACAAUGAUAAGCAGCGAUUCUGACGACGACGUGCCGUACGUCCCCCUGGCACAGAGGCUGAAACUGAGACAGGACUCUGCUGUCCUCACCGAAAGAAAUCAAAAAGGUUCUACAGAGAAAGAGCACCUCCUCACAUUGCAUCACGAGAGAAGGCCGACCCCAGAGGAAGCGGAUGACCUCCCCCUCGGACAUCUCGCCGCAUCCGAGACCGGAGACGCGUCUCCUACCAGGACGAAAGCCACAAAAAGGUCGGCGGAGGAGAUCCGGGCCUCCAGGGAGGAGGCUCUGAGGAGGCGACAGGGCAGAGAGAGACAGCAGCAGGACAGGGAGGCGCUCAAGCAGGAACAAGAGAGGCAGAAAGCGGAGAGAAGAGCUUUGGCUGAGGCUGCCAAAGCUCUGAGGCCAGACGAGCGCAUCAAGCAUAUGGUUGUAGCUGUUGAUCCAGCUCUGUUGCAGCUGGAAGGAGGGGGGACUCUGCUGGCGUCUGUGCAGGCUCUGGGUUGUAGCUGCGCCAUUGAGAAACAGCCGCUGCCCCGCAGCGUGACCUGGGCCAGGCAGGCUCCGAGCGCACAGCAGAACGAUGCGGCGCGUGUUCCAGAGCCCCACGUGGUGAUGCAGAUGACGGUGGAAGACUUCGUCACUCUGAUUCACAACUACAUCCAGGAGGAGAGGCACAGCGGGUCAGCCUGCAGUCCCACCCUCACAUCGUGGGUCCGGGAGCAGCAGAGGCGUCACCCCGACAAGCGGCUCAGCCUGGCAGUCAUUGAGCUGGAGAGCUAUUUCAGGGCCCGAAAGUCCCAGAGCCAGAAGAGGCUCAGAGCGGCUGUGGCUGGGGAAGAGGCAGGAGGAGGAAAAGAGAAGAAAAAACGGAGGAACGGUCACGCCGAGAAGCUGCCGGAGGUGUCCAGAGUUGAAGUGGAGGAGGCUGUGGUCCACCUCCAGCUUCACACCGGAGUCUCCGUCCGCUUCUUAUCUACCUGGAAGGAGUUCUCCGACCACAUCACCAUGACGACCAAAGCGGUCGCCGAGGCCCCGUUCAAGCGAGCGCGAGAGCAGACCGGCUUCUCCUUUUACCUGGAGAGCGAGUGGGCGGGAGGCCAGCGGGUGGACAAAGCUGGGAAGGGCCUGCUGCAGGCGUGGAAGAGACAGAUCCAGCAGUUCAACAGAGUGAGCUCAGACGCGGCGGCUGCCAUCUUGGCAGCUUAUCCUUCCCCGCAGCUGCUCAAGAAGGCUUACAGCCAGUGCAGGACCGAGAACGAGAAGCUCUCUCUUCUGUCCGACCUCCUGAUCCGCAGAGGAGAAGGCGUCACCUCCACAACCCGACGGGUCGGUCCGGAGCUUUCCAAACGUCUUUUCCUCCUGAUGCAUUCCCGGGAUCCCGAGCAGAAUCUGGAUGCCAGCCUUUAAAUGUUUGAGUUCCGACUAGUUGAAUUACUCACGCAGAUUUUGAUGCUGUGCAAUAAAGUUUUUAUACAACUACA